UCAUCUUUGAUGUAAAUAUUUAGGGGAAGUUCACAGCAGGAUCUUCAAAUGCAAGCUAUGUCAAUAUAACCAAACCCAGAAAAUACAGGCAAUACAUGAACAGAAGAGGAGGCUUUAACCGACCAUUGGAUUAUGUUAACUAACUUACUUUUUUUUGUAAUAGAUACUAACUAAUAUUUAAUGACAAAGUUUUGAAUGUGUAAAUGAUUUGUUCACAGUUCAUCUUCUUGUUUGUGGUUCAUUAGCCUGAGGAAAAAAAGCAUUGUUACAAUAAGUAAUCAUAAAACUUGAGCCAUAACUCGCGCAUGCGUGUUGAAGUCAAAGGAAUUAAAACAUUUGUGAAAUAUGGAGACAUCCGUGAACUCUUCUUCUCCUCAACUAAAUUUUGCAGCAGCACAAGGCACAGUGGCAGCUACUCAGUCUACUACAGUGACUCAACCUACGGCUGUAAACUUAAUAACGCAAGACCAAAGCAAAGGACUUUAUAUUGUUGAUCCCAAUCAAACUCAACAUUUACAAAUGUUUUCGCCCGAACAGCGAUUUGUUGCCAACUCUGUAGAAUACAAUCCCGUCACUGGAACGCUAACAACGAGCGCACUCCCAAACGGAAACCCGCAACUUACUGUUCCCUUGGCAGCCCAGCGCUUGCCAGUUGCCAUGGAAACAUUGGAUGAACCACUCUAUGUAAAUGCCAAGCAAUAUCAUCGAAUUAUCAAGCGACGACAGGCACGUGCAAAACUAGAGGCAGAAGGGAAAAUCCCAAAGACAAGAAAGAAAUACCUACAUGAGUCAAGGCACAUGCAUGCAUGUCGACGGCAACGUAGUGGAGGUGGAAGAUUUGUUACUAAACCUGAUGAAGUAUCGACUACUGGUUCUCCAACCAUUUUGCAAAACACAUGUGAACAACAGACAUUGGAUGUUACAAGUUUACCUGGUCAGGUGACAUCGACUGAUACAGUGUUAAUGGGUCACAAUACCACAUAGGAUAAAACACAAACUCUGUACAUUACCAGCAUAUUUAUUGCAUAAACAUAAGAGACAUUAUAACUGAUAUUAUUAUUGUUAAAAGUUAGUGUAAACACCACAGUAAAGAAUGAUCAUUACAAACAUAAUGUUUGUCAUUAUUGCCUUCUGAAAAAAGCAAGAAUUUGGUCUUUUCUGGCAUUUAAGACAUUUAAGACAUUUAAGUCUAUUUCACAGUGUGAAACUAUGGCCCUUUAUAUUUAAAAUAUAAGUUUCAUUUUUAAAUCUUGUGACAUUACAUCUACGAGAUAACUUACAUUGCCUGACUUGGUCAAUAAAUUGUUGAACGAAACGAUAA